UCUCAUCUUGUCUUCCCCAUUAAACACUUUUUCCUCACGAGAUAUGGCUGCUGCAUCAGUGAAAGAAGCAAUAGGUGACCUUAAUGGAGAAUCUUUUGUAUCUUUACUUAGCAAACUCAUCGGAGAAUCCAAAUACGUUCAGAACAACCCGCCGGACCUCAUACCGGAGGAAGACAGGAUCGUUAAUCAUGUCCUCGAUGUUCUCCUCCCUUACAGUACCACAACCGGCGGUGGUCCUUUGAUCCUUAACCAUGUCACUUACCAUCCUAAAAGAGGCAAUCUUAUUGUCGAAUAUCCUGGCACAGAUCCUAAACAAAUAUUGUCUUUUGUUGGAAUGCACAUGGAUGUUGUCACAGCUAAUCCCGCCGAUUGGGAUUUUGAUCCAUUUUCUCUUAGUAUUGAUGGUGAUAAGCUUCGUGGGCGUGGAACUACUGAUUGUUUAGGACACGUUGCUCUUAUAGCUGAACUCAUGAAGAGACUAGGAGAAACUAAGCCAAAGUUGAAAUCCACUGUGGUUGCUGUUUUCAUAGCUAGUGAAGAGAAUUCAUCUAUUCCAGGUGUUGGAGUUGAUGCACUUGUCAAAGAUGGAUUACUUGAUAAGCUAAAGCAAGGUCCUCUAUUCUGGAUAGAUACAGCAGAUAAACAACCAUGUAUCGGUACUGGUGGCAUGAUCCCGUGGAAGCUUCAUGCAACUGGAAAAAUGUUUCAUAGUGGUUUAGCACACAAAGCGAUAAAUCCUUUGGAGCUCGCUAUGGAAGUGAUUAAAGAGAUCCAAUCACGGUUCUAUCGUGAUUUUCCUCCACAUCCUAAAGAAGAAGUGUAUGGAUUCGCAACACCAUCCACAAUGAAACCAACUCAGUGGUUCUAUCCUGGUGGCGGGAUCAAUCAAAUUCCAGGAGAAUGUACAAUUUCAGGAGAUGUCAGGUUGACUCCUUUCUACGAUGUUAAAGAUGUUUUGAAGAAACUGCAGGAAUACGUAGAUGAUCUGAAUGCAAACAUAGAAGUGAUAGAUUCAAGGGGACCCGUUUCGAAGUAUGUCCUAUCUGAUGAAAAUCUUAGGGGAAGAAUUACAAUCAGUUUUGACGAGGCUUUGUCUGGAGUUGCCUGUAAUCUUGAUUCUCGUGGCUUCAAAGUAUUAUGUAAAGCUACUGAAGAAGCUGUUGGCUUUGUAAAACCUUACUCUAUAACUGGAAGCUUGCCACUCAUUCGAGAAUUGCAGGAUGAAGGUUUUGAUGUUCAAACUUCAGGCUAUGGUUUAAUGGCCACUUAUCAUGCGAAGAACGAAUACUGCCUUCUUACCGAUAUGUGCCAAGGUUACCAAGUAUUCUCCAGUAUCAUUUCCCAAUUAGAAGAAUGAUAUGUUCUAACUAAUGACAUUGACUUCAAUGAAUUGUUUUUUUUUUAUGGAUGUUUGAAAUUGCUUGUUUUGUGUUGGGUAAAUCGACAAUUGUUUCAAUAAUAUCAUUUUAAUUUAAACUAUGGAUCAAUUAUU